AGACGCGCCUGGCCACCGGAGGAUGAAAUGCAGCCACCCACGCGAGCCACCAAACGGUUGUUCACGCCUGACAUCAAGAGGAUGCUCAAGGACUGGCUGAUUCGGCGGCGGGAGAACCCCUAUCCCAGCAGGGAGGAGAAGAAGCAGCUUGCCGCGGAGACCGGUCUGACCUACACCCAGAUCUGCAACUGGUUCGCCAACUGGCGCAGAAAGCUCAAGAACUCGGAGCGGGAGAAGGCCAAGAAGUCGUGGGGCCAUCUGAUCAAGAACUACAACCACAAUGCGAGGGGCAAUGUGGAGCAGUUCAGCAUCUCGUCGGAGGAUAGUAUUUGGGAAGAGGAGAUGCACUCGUGCCCAGCGGAGGACGACGAGGGCGACGACGACGACGAGUUGUCCAGCCACAGCACGGGCAGCGAUGGGAAUGCCAACAACGAAUCCUCCUCCCAGUAUAAGCCCAACUUUUAUGUCGAAUCUGCGGACUUAUCCGAACGCAUACCCACUUUGACCGAAGUUCAGAUGGGAGGCAGGGCCAAGUACAAGCACCAGAUGAUGGAAAAGUACCUGCGGGACAGUUCCACGGCGGAGGCGGCCAGUCAUCCGGGCACUCAGCUCAACAAGUGGCUGGAAAGUGCCGCCAAAUUCACGCCGAAUAGGAACAACUAUCACAUCGAGUGGAGUACAAGCAGGUAAGGCAGUUCAUGUCUGCUAUUUGCCAUCGUGAUAACAAAUUCCCUUUAUUUCAGGCAGAAAAGCACUAGUGAUGCGACGGCUCGCGGUGACCGCUGGGUGCUUCAUCACAAGGACGAACUGGACGCUGCCGAGGCCCUGGCCAACCUCGCCUUCAACUGCAGGCAGCGCUGGAAUCACACUAUCAGUUCCUGAGCGGCACCACCAAAGACUCCACAACUGACGCCAUCAUUCCAGCAGAAGUUCUAGGCCCCGUUGGAAAAGCGAAAUCUAGUCAUAUGGGCUUUGUCUGGUUUUCAUUUUCAA